AAUACCAAGUCAUACACACGGCACGCGGACAGGCGCGGCUGGGGGAAACGGCAACUUUACCUUGCUUUUUAAAAACGCCGACACUGUCUUUACAGUGCAAAUAAUGUCAGACAUAACCGUGGGAGGAGAAUGAAAUAGUUAGUUUUUUUAAACAGGUGUCAGCCAGGGCACAGUCACCUUUCGUCCUGCUGUAUGCGGUUCACUCGUGCGCUUCCCGUGACAUGAAAACACUCCGCACGCGCCUGCUUCCUGCGCAUUCACUUGCUGUCCACGAGCGGCCACGAUGGUUAAAUGUCCUGUUUAAUGGUCGAGAGGUGUGGAGCAGUCGCAUUGAAAAGGUCGGAGCAGAAUGCCAUACAAGUUCGCAUGCUGGUGAGGAUGCCAGUGCUGGAUGGGCUUUGGGGCCCAGAACUCAGCAUGCGGGACUCUGGUCUUGGUGUUGGGGUCGAAGUCGGGGUCUGUCAAGAUGAGGCUCCCCGCUCGCCAGUCUGGGGGCCUCUCAGGAUGCCUCCGGUUACCUGCGGUGGACUGUUGCUGGCCCUGGAGCUUCCAGCUCUCAUACGGCAGCUCAGGGCGGCCUGGAGGGCUCGCAGGGGAGGCACCCUGGGGCCUGAGAGAAGUCAGGCGAGCACUUGGGUGCAAGCAGAGAAGGAAGAGGUAGAAGAGGUGAAGAAUGGCAUAGAGGAUAGGAGCGCUCAUCUGGAAGCUGAUGGCAGACUGAACACUGGUCAUGCUGGUGUGUUGCUGGUUGAGAGACGAGGCUCCUACCCGCUGAUUGACCUGCGAAUCCUCAAAACCAGUGCCCAGGAGGGGGAGGUAGAGUCUGGCACCAGGAGAAAGGUGAAGCGUCUGCUGAGCUUUCAGAGAUACUGCCACACCUCCAGGCUGUUCAGGGGGUUGGUGCCCCACACCCCCGGGUCACUACACCUGCUGGACGAUGACUACCUGGGACAAGCUGCGCACAUGCUAUCAAAAGUAGGCACAUGGAACUUUGACAUUUUCCUCUUUGAUCGUCUUACAAAUGGUAACAGCCUGGUGACUCUGAUGUGCCAUCUCUUCAAUGUCUACGGUCUCAUUCACCACUUCCAGCUGGACAUGGUUAAACUGCACAGGUUUCUUGGCAUGGUUCAAGAGGACUACCACUCCCAGAAUCCCUAUCACAAUGCUGUUCACGCUGCCGAUGUCACUCAAGCCAUGUACUGCUACCUGAAGGAGCCCAAGCUGGCAGAGCAGUUCAGUCCUCUGGACGUGUUCCUUGGUCUGAUGGCAGCAGCCGCCCAUGACGUGGACCAUCCUGGGGUCAACCAGCCCUUCCUCAUCAAGACCAGACACCACCUGGCAUCCCUCUACCAGAACACGUCUGUGCUGGAGAGUCACCACUGGAGAUCCACUGUGGGCAUGCUGCGAGAGUCAGGACUACUGUCCCACCUGCCUGCUGACGUGUCGCAGGACAUGGAACAGCAGUUGGGCUCUCUCAUCCUGGCUACAGACAUCAGCAGGCAGAAUGAGUUCCUGUUGACCUUCAGAGAACAUCUGGACAACCAGGACCUGGACCUUCAACUUGCUUCACACAGGCACUUUGUACUGCAGAUUGCUCUGAAGUGUGCAGAUGUCUGUAAUCCAUGUCGAGUUUGGGAGCUGAGCAGACAGUGGAGUGAGAGGGUGUGUGAGGAAUUCUACAGGCAGGGUGACAUGGAGAGAAAGUUUGACUUGGAGAUUAGUCCUCUGUGUAACCAGCAGGCUGACUCUGUCCCAGCCAUUCAGAUUGGGUUCAUCUCCUACAUUGUGGAGCCUCUAUUUGAGGAGUGGCACCACUUCACCGAGCCCAGCCCGCUCAGCCAGACCAUGAUGGGUCACCUGCACAAGAACAAGGCCCGCUGGAGCCGCCUACGAUACGCACACACACCUUCAGACACAACAACACACCCCUACGCUAAGGACCCCGAGCCUGAAGAAGGAGGAGGAGAGGGGGAAGACAUGCCUUAAUCUCCCUCUUGUUUCUUAAGGCGUUACAUCUCCCUUUGUGAACGGAGGAGAGGAGUGUUUAUCCACCUCCCUGUUGGUCCUCCAGCAUAUUUUCUCCCACUGUUGGUUGUUCACAGGCUCUGAAAAGUGGGAGCACUGGAUGGGAGUCUGGCUUGGAUUUAUGAGAAAUGGGUCCCUCUGCUGGAGCGGAGGACUGUAGCCCUGCAGGGGGGAAAAAAAGAGGGAGAGAGAUUCAUAGUUGGGCAGAUGGAUGGAUAAUCUUAGUAAAUAUAUGCCAAUUUGAUAAAGUUAUGCCUUUCUCUUUAACCCUGUGGUAUCUGCUUCGAAGUAUCUGAGAAUAGCAGGAAUAGAAUUAAAAGGUUGUGGCUGAUGGCAGAGGAGGGAUCAAUGACGACAAAUAUUGUUUGCACAAUGCUGCUUGAACAAAAAAGAAAUGAAAAAGCCAAAAUUAUAUACAAGUCAGCUGGACUGUUCUGGAAAAUAUGAUAAAAUAUAUGAAAGAAAAAGAGGAAUAUAUCCACUAUAUUAAGCUUUUUACACUUUUAGACAAGACAUACUGAAUUAAGCUCUUUUAAAUUUUUCUCUUUUUGUACAGCUUGCACUUCUAUGGGAUGCUCUUUCAAACAAGUGUCUCACUUGUCUACUUUUCACUAACGUGCGUUUUUAACUCAAGCACUAAGUUGGUAUGUCAAGGUACUGUAAACUACAAUUUGUUCUUUUUUAAUUGUGUAACCUGUAAGACUGACUGAACUGACCGAUACAAUUAAUGACUGACACAAAGUCAGUUGGAUGUUUUUGGACUCGAGCUGACUCACCGAUGUGGAGAGCACAAACGAGAGCCAAGUAUUUGUGUUCAUGUAAUGUUAUAAACAGUAUAAUCUGUACAUACUGCGAUGUACGACCUCAGCACUUCACAUGCCAAAAUCUCAAUGUAUUAACCUUUUUACUGGGCAUGGAUAUUGGGAAAUAUAACUCUUACACUGGUAUUACCUUUGUAACAACUUAAUGGGUGCAUUUAUUUAUUUGAUAAUCUUACUUUACAAGCUCAUAUACAACAAAGCCUUAACAGCAACUUGGUUUGUUUUGUAAUGGUGUUUUACCAUUUUCUGCUUUCUUACACUUACAGUUUCUGCCUGUUUUUCUUCAGCCAUACCAGCAUACUGAAACACUUACACAUUCAGUACUGUAGCAGCUUGUUUCCUGUUUGAGCUUUCACCCAGUUUCAGGGUCAGAGUGGGUCUUACACCCAUUCAGCAUUGCCAAGGUGCCAUUGCACUAUGCUGACACAUCGACUCGCUGCUCUGUUAACUCUCUAUGGCGUUUUUACACUUGCUGCAGGUGCUGUGUGCAGUGUAUCUUAUGUCAUAACAGACUUGGGCCAGUUAGUAAUUGCAAGUACCUCUAAUUCUAAUAUCUAAUUCAUUAUAUCCUGCAGUGAGUAUCAAAAUAUUUAAAUGUCAGAAAAGUAUACUGUAUACCAUUAUUCAUUAUUAAAAAUAUAUACAAUUCAUCUAAAAUGGUACUUUUAUAUCUAUAAACUCAAUGGUGAAACUGAUAUAAACGGUAUAUAAAGUAUUUGUAAAUACUAGUUGGUCCAAGUAUAAGAUGUACUGUUAUAAAGCUUUUUUUAUUUUUAUUUUUUACCACUCUGCUAAUUAUAUGCAUAGUUAAGGUUGUCACAUUUAAGAUUCACAUCUGACACGGCCGAGGCUGUGCACAUGGUGCUAACAGAGGCCCAGGCCCUCGCGUCUUCCCUGAGCUAUAGAGGAGUAACCUGAGUAUGAUGAUUCUAACAACCCAGCCAACACACAGUAUGUUCUGCAUACAAUGUAUUCUAUGAGGCUAUCACAGCUCAAAUAUUGACAAGUUAUGUUCAUUAAAUCAUUAAAUCUGUAAAAAAAAAUAUAUAUAUAAUGAAUUUCUUUGGUGUUUAAAAAAAGUAUCUAUGACAUAAGUAUUUUCUAUGAGGUGCAGUGCAAUAAAGUUAAGUCACUGGCCAAGAAAUAUUCACAUCAGUCUAUAGCUCUGGUAAUUAAUAAGAAAAUUAGUCAUAUGUCUAGCACUCCAUUAGCUUUGCUCAAACUCCCACUAUAUGUAAGCCACACUAUUAAGUGCAUGCCGUUUAUUCUGUGUAAGUCACACAUUACUGCCUGUAGUGUAGACCCAAGCGAGACAGGGCCUCAGGCUGCCUUCUUUUUCAGUACCUCUCUGAAUCAGCACUGAUACAGGGGUCACUGAGCCAUACUGGUUUCACUAACAAGUACAAAUAUGUACUUUAUGUGUUUAUUAAACGUUUUAAUGCCAGAGUGAUUAUUAUACCAACCAGACUCAAUGUAAUUAUCAUCUGAUUAAAAAGAAGUUAAUCUCAUCCAAUCAGUAAAUUUACUGUGAUGGUCAAAAGAGAUUUCUUUAAGGCCCAACUGGUAUUAUAUAUAGAGUACAGUAGUUUCCAUCAUAAGAUCGGACACACCGAAUGGAAAUUUUUUAACAGAAAUACCGUGUCUGUAAACUGAAAGUUUUUUCAUAGUAGUGGUAGUGGCACGUUUUCCCUUUUUUACCCCUUAAAGGGUCGUCCAUGUUCAAAAGUAACCACUGUGUUCAAUUAACUAAUCCUGUGGUGCAAUUCCACCCCAUAUUUAACGGUGUUGUCCAAUAGUAUAAUUUCCACCUUCACAUAUAGUUUAGUCAGUCACCUGAUGGUUUGAAAUACUGUCAUCCCAGUGCCCAGUACUCAGCAGUAAGUAGAAUGUAUCCUUUUCUUAUUUGACCUGAAAAAUUGAAGCAAGUCACACUUAGACUGAUGCACUGUGUGAAAAACUGAACAUGCCACUGUGGAGAAAACAAAUCUCACUUCAAGAACCGAUCAUAUCACGUGAUAUGCAUGAUCCCAGUUGUCAUGGAGAUGUACAUGUUCAAAUUUCCAUUUUCUCUGAAUACUAAAAGAACUUCUUGUCCUUGUUGUCUGAGAAGCUGAAGUUCAAAGUUCAUUCUUGACCAGCAGUUGAGAAAUACAUGUCACCAUAAGGUCCAUUAAGUAGCUGGCAGGAGCUUUCAAUCAUAUCACAUACUUCAUCAGCAGAUGGAGUUUGCCCAGAUUCCUGUUCUUUUUGAGUAUAGAUAGCUAUUGAUAGCAGUGGAUAGCUACAGUACAUGCUAGCUACCUUAAGGACUAAUAUCUCUGGAGAAAAAGUGAUUUUCUGCUUAGUAAUUAUAUACAUUUUGGAUGAGACCCUUCAAAUGAAGUCUAUGACAUCCAAAAUUAAUACUUGUACUGAUAUUAGUAACCCUAACUAACAGUGCACAUGAGUUGAUAGAGAUGUUUGCACUAUGGUCUGUCAAAUGAUCCAAAAGAGACUUACACUUUUGUCUGUAUCUCUGUAUUUUGGUGUUUGGAUGAGCCAUCUGACUUCUUGACUGUAAAUUUCUGUUCUGACAACCAACCGCUGAGCACUGUGAACAAUAAAAUAAAUGUUUUUCAAUUAACAUCCAAUA